AUGCUUGAUCAGCCCGUCCCCGAGAAUCGAGACGCUCCUUUUACGUCAGCAGGCGCGGCGCCUAUGUCGAACGAUGCUGGGAUGACCGAUGGUGGUUCUGCGAGACCCGAUCCUGUCAAGUUUAAGCAGCUCUCACAGGCCUUGUCACUAUGGGGAGACCGAGCCACGGUAGCAGGAAUUCAAGCCUUCUAUUCUCAGAAGCUCAAGACGAAAUGGGAGGAAGAGGCAAGACACAAAGCUCGUGCGGAUGCAAACUAUGCUGGACACCCAAAAGCUACUCAACAAGCUCUCCGGUUGGAGGAGUCUGCCCGCAAAGAUUUUGAGGAAUCGAAGCAGAAAGCUACCGAGUUGAAACUGGCGGCUGACGGAUCAGCUAGCGUUUUUGCUCUCCAGUUUUCGACCUUCGUGUCCCAAUCGAUCAAAGACGUCAGCGCCUCUGGUGGCGCGGCUGACCUCGAGUCACUUCGCUCACAGCUUUACGAACUGAAAGCUCAUUUUGAUCGAAUUGAGCAGGGUGGCAGUAACCGCAACCGAGAAGAGCUUCAGCAGGUCUCCAGUGAUAUUCGCGUCCUACAAGACCGGUCCAAUGCUCAGGAAGCACGAUUCGGGACAAUCGAAUCUGACGUCAGGCACUUGAAGUCAUCAUUAACUGCACAGAUAAAGACCGAACUCAACAAUGCUUUGCAGCAUCUUCAGUCCAAGAGCAAGCCUGUCUUGCAGGACUGUGAAGCCAUCAAACACCAAGUUGAUACAGCCAUGGGCAAUUACACCGCAAGCGAAUUCAAUCGCCGAAAUGAGUUGGAGACACUUCGAAAGGAUCUCAAUCAAGCCCUCGCCGAGAACGCUGACCUAAAGCAACAGAUGGUCGCCAUCAGGGAUCAGUCCGUCUCGAGAGACGAGUUCGACUCCCUGAAACGAGAGAUGAGUCAGCUGGCUACGGCCAACAAAGAACGAGUCCUUACACCCGCACCAACUCCAUCGCUCGACCACAAACCAGCAAUAGGAAUGCUGAACCCUUACAUCCAACGCUACAAUGAAGAGAUGCAGAAGUUUGGUGCAGAAGUCACCAAAACCACUACCAGUGUUGCGUACCUCGAGAAAAGCCACGAGAGUCUUGUGCCCUUGGUUCAUGGACAGAAAGCUGCUACUGACAUGGCGAACUCAAGAAUAGAUUUGCUUCUGCAGCAUCUGGGAUCUUUGCAGGAUCAGGUAAAGAACAUCGCAAACCGGAGUACAAUCUCGCAGAGCUCACCGUCUCAUUCACCAAGUCUGGCGCCCGACAACAUACAGCUGCAGAAACUUCGCCAAGAUACCACUAUCCGCUUGGAGGAGUUCAAGAAGGAAAUUCAGUUUCUCACUCAGACUAAUCGCGUCCUCAGUGCACGCUACAACCAGCUUACCUCCGAGAGAAUGGCGGAGGCCGUUGCCGGCAUCUUGGGACCGAUUCCUGCAACACUUCAGGUCGAGAAUCAGCAGAUGAAGGACGCCAUCGGACACCUCCAGGUUACAGUACAGCAACAUAAUCACCUGCCAGGCACCUUGAAGAAAACCUCGGACCGCGUUGCCGUACUUGAGGCCGACAUUCGGAGGAUGGAAUCCAACAAGCAUGCUGGUACAGAGCAAGACCGACGCCUCGACGCAGUCGAAAAGAGCUUGGAGGCUCAAGUCCAAUCCGUCGAGCAACCUCUCGCACGAUUACAGGGCAAGAUCUCUGCGAUUGAAUCUACACUGGGAGAGAGGCUCGAUACGGUUGAGAGCCGCGUUACGACCCAGGAGAACAAGACUGCGGACAACCUUGCAGCGUUGGUCAUUGAGCAAACAGCAAAUAGCACAGUCUCAGCCGAGCUCUUCGGUGAUUUCCAGAAGGAAUACAACUCAAAGAUGACUGCAGCAGAGAACCGCCUCGACAAGCUGGAACAGAAUGUCACGGAUCAGAACGAACGCCAAAAUUGUUUAUCACUCAAGAUUCAUCAACACGCCCACGACGAAAUCGAGAGCGCCAAAGUUAGUAUCAAGGGGCAUUCUGAAAGCCUAGCCGAUAUCGAAAAGGUCUGCGGCAUUCUAAACGACGCCUUGAAAAAGGGACUGCAGGAUCUCCAAGCGAAACACGACGCGCUGAAGUCGACUGCUGCCGAGCAAUCUCAGUUUGAGGAGCUGAAGGCAAUUAUUGAUGAAGUCAAGAACGCGCAGGAGCAGUCCUCAGAUGAUCUGCCUUACAUCUCAAAUAGUGAUUGUGACGACAUGCGCAAGGCUAUUGACGCCUUGGAGAACAGACUUCAGGAUGAGAAGCGAGCCAUCAACCAGCGCAUUGAAACUCUUGACGGAAGUGUAGAGGGCCUGAAAUCCACUGCGGCGCAGGCGGAACGCCAGACCAGUGCAAGUAUCCUCGAGCGAUUGACUAAUGCCGAGAAGUCCAUUCAAGAGGUUCAAGAUAAGGUCAGAGCCCACGCGGACACGCUUGAGGCCAUGGAUGAGGCCAUGCUCAACAAAUUUCGAGUCACACCGGUCACCGCAACGAGUACUCCGCCCUCUGAUAUCAAGCCUCCGACUGGUCCUCGGUCCAUGUCGUUGACGCCUAGAUCAAUGAACCGGAAUGCUAAGAAAUUGCCCAAAGCUGGCGAACGCAGCACCUCAGGGUUGGGCAAACACCGUGCCACUUCUCCCGCCAAUGAGAGGCCCCGCAGCAGGAAGAAGCCACGAGGGCCGAACGGGGAAGGUGACGGUCCAACACUCGUGGACUUGACCCAAGAUGACGAUGGUAAUGGUGAGACCGCCAGCCAAAACCAAGAACCGAAGCUAGGCAACCACUCGGUGACUCGUGGCAGCAGAUGA